AUGCCUACGCCAGUCCAGCAGAGCGCGUCACGUCUGCGGCCAGUCCAUCUGCUGCGUGCCCUGCUGCGUGAGGCGUCGUACCUGCCCGAUGCGACAGCCCGCACCUACUUCCGCCGCUACAUCGUCAGCCGAUUCAAGGCGUACCAGCCCAAGCAAAAUGCGACGGCUUCCUUCGACGUCCAGGCCGUUGAGAGGUACAGGCACAGGAGCUUCAAGAGGCGGCAGAUAGCGAUCAUCAAUGAGCGCACACGACCAAUGCUCAGGAAAGGGCAAAAGGGCCUGAACUUCCUGCGGCGGGCCAACCUGGGCGAGAUACCAUGUCUGCAGAAGGUCCUGUUCUUCGCCUAUGGGCGCAUGGGAAGGAGGAAGUACAUAUUGCUAGAGAGAUUGCUAACGCCAGACCGCAUCAUGGACGGCGGCGCACUCGCAACGCCCGUCGAGCCAGGGCAGGCACCGCUGCAGAAGCUCUAUUACAGCAAUAAGCGCUAUCUGCAGUAUUUCGAUGCGCCCAAAGCCGCCUCCAAGACCGAGUAUACCAUCAACGUCUCUAGCCGCUACUCCCGAUUGCGCACCGUCCUCAAAUCGCAGUACCAGAAGGGCAUCUCCAUACAUCGAGGGAUCAAGCGUCCAGCCAUGAAGACGCCUAUCAACAAUGCCUGGGAGCGACCCAUGCCGAUCAAGCGCGCGGUCAACAACGUCCGACGCUGGUAUGCCGAGACUAUGACGAGAUUACUUCCUCCAUUACCGACCGAAGAGUGGGACAAUAUGCAUGCCAUGGUUGUUGGGGACCGAAAGAUCGAUUUGGUCAGACGGAGAGGCCGCGCUUCAGUAUUGAGUGCUGAGCCAGUCAUAGAAGACCACUUCUUCGUCCACGCAGUAGAAGCAGGCAUUGCCUUAGACAAGCCCAGCAGGGCAGACAUGCCUGCAGGCGUGCAGCGACCGCAUUCCAUCAACCCUAGGUUCAUGAAGCGCAUGUAUACAAAGCUCCUCAUGCUCUGCUGCAAGGUCGAGUAUGACGACGAGCAGAAGCGAUGGAAAGCAAUCUGGGGCGAACCUAUGAAGUACAUCAAACCCAGCCUCUACAACGUCCCUACAGAUGAAACGCUCUUUGCGGGUGUUGAUGCUACAGGCAAGAUCCCGAAGACGCCCAAGAAGCAUCUGCUGGAGAAAUCACAACAUGUCCAGCCACGGAAUGCCGAGGGCGAAUAUAUGCAUGUUCCUACCAUCCUAGCCCUUAUCAAAGAGCUUGCGCUCUACGAAAACGCCAGUGACAAGGUUGACUCAACUGAAGAAAUCCUCACGCGCACCCUCGCACACUACGAUCCUUCCACAUCGACCUUUUCCGAAGGCUUCGCCCGUACACUCCUCCUCAGCGACCCCGACGGCACGGUAGCAGGUAUGGCUCUAUACUACUACAACUACAGCACAUGGACAGGCGUGCCAGGCAUCUACUUGGAAGACCUCUUCGUCAAGGAAAGCUACAGGAAGAAGGGCUAUGGCAAGAGACUUCUUAAGGAGCUCGCUGGAGAGGUGCUCAAGGUCGGAGGCAGGAGGCUCGAAUGGAGCUGCCUGGACUGGAAUGAGCCCAGUCUGAAGUUCUACGAGAGCGAGAUCAUAGGGGCGCAAAGGAAGACGGCAUGGGUAGGCUUGCGUGUGGAUGGAGACGCAUUGGAGAAGCUUGCAAGAUCAUAA